UUUCCUUUUGCAUUUCCCUACAAAACAUACAAGGUUUUCCUCCAUUAAAUUCCUUUCUUUGAUUUUGAUAAUUGAAUUCUUGAUUUGAUUGAAAAAACACAGCACAGUUAACAUAACGUUCAAAACUAUCCGUACACACAGCACUCCCGCCGCAAUAAUUUAAUCAUUUAUAUUGAACUUUUGGUAUUGCUCAAAAAGGGGCCAUUAUUUUGAGAUGCACGCUAAGCAUUGGCAUUGCUAAACCAAGUAAGUUGAUGGGUUGCUUCGCAUUUCAUCUUGGAAAUACCUACGCACAUGCAUUCGCAUCUCUUCCAAACUACGUCCAAGAUCGUAGCUUUAGCGAAAUUGGGUAGAAUUACCUCUGCCCGCAGACUGUUCGACGAAAUGCCGCACAAAGACACAGUAGCUUGGAACGCCAUGCUUGCUAGCUAUUCUCAACUGGGUCUUCACCAGCAAGCUCUCUGUCUCUUCCACCACAUGAGAAUCGCCAACUCCAGGCCUGACCGCUUCACCUUCACUGCGACGCUGAGUGCAUGUGCUGGCUUGGGUGAGCUGCGGCGUGGAAUGAAAAUCCAUGCACAAGUUGUUGUUUCUGGAUGCCAGUCUUCGUUGCCUGUUGGCAAUUCGCUUAUUGAUAUGUAUGGGAAAUGUCUGAGUGCUACCAGUGCGAGAAGAGUGUUUGAAGAGAUGAGUAUUAUGAAUGAAGUAUCAUGGUGUUCGUUGUUAUUUGCUUACACAAGCUCUGGUCUGUUUGAUGUUGCGCGUGUAGUUUUUGAUGGUAUGCCGAAAAAGGUGGAAAUUGCAUGGAAUAUUAUGAUUUCUGGCUAUGGGCAAUGUGGGGAUGUUGAAUUGUGUCUGGGUUUGUUCAAGAAAAUGCGAGAGGAUUCACUCCAGCCGGAUCAGUGGACGUUUAGUGCUCUCGUAAAUGCAUUGUGUGAACUGCAAGAGCCUUCGUAUGGAUACAUGAUGCAUGGAUUUAUCAUUAAAAGUGGCUGGGUUAAGGCAGUGGAGGUAAGCAACUCGAUUUUGAGCUUUUAUUCGAAACUAGGCUGUAAGGAUGAUGUGAUGAAGGUGUUUGAGUCCAUAGGAAUAUUAACCCAGGUAUCUUGGAAUGCAAUGAUUGAUGCCCAUAUGAAAAUAGGAGAUACCCAUGAAGCCUUUCUUGUAUUUCAGCUGGCACCCGAGAAGAAUGUGGUUUCAUGGACAUCUAUGAUCACUGGGUAUGCAAGAAAUGGGCAUGGGGAACAAGCUCUUAGCUUCUUUGUCAAGAUGAUGGAAAAUCACAUCCAACCAGAUGAUUUUACAUUUGGGGCUGUUCUACAUGCAUGUUCUAGCUUGGCAACACUAGGGCAUGGUAAAAUGAUCCAUGGCAGCAUAAUCCACUAUGGUUUUCAUGCUUAUGUCGAUGUUGGAAAUGGCUUAGUGAACAUGUAUGCCAAGUGUGGAGACAUACAAGGAUCAAACACUGCAUUUAAAGAGAUUCUCGGGAAGGAUUUGGUUUCUUGGAAUGCAAUGUUAUUUGGAUUAGGGAUGCAUGGACAUGCCACCCAAGCUCUAGAGCUUUAUGAAGAAAUGGUGGCAUCUGGUAUGAAACCAGAUAAGGUGACUUUUAUUGGCCUGCUGAUGACUUGCAGCCACUCAGGGCUCAUAGAGAAAGGUCAGGCUCUUUUUGAAUCAAUGGUUUCAGUUUAUGGGCUCUCCCAAGAAACAGAGCAUGUGGUGUGCAUGGUGGAUUUGCUUGGCCGGGGUGGAUACUUGGCACAAGCAAGAGAGUUGGUUGAUGAAUAUUCGAGAACAGGUCGUGCAGAGACCAGUUUGCCUGAGGCUUUACUAGGAGCAUGUUUUGCACAUAGUGAGGUUAGGAUGGGGGCAAAUUUGGGGGAAUAUUUAAAGGUUUUUGAACCUCAAAAAGAGAUGAGCUAUGUUUUGCUAUCCAACCUGUAUUGUGUGAGUGGCCAGUGGAAGGAAGCAGAAAUGGUUAGGAAGACAAUGACAGAUCAUGGGGUGAAGAAAAUGCCCGGUUGUAGCUGGAUUGAGGUAAGAAAUAAGGUGACAGUUUUUGUAGCCGGGAACCAUUCACAUCCCUACAUGGAAGAGUUGUGUAAGAUACUAAACUUCCUCAAAUUUGAAAUGAGAAAUCCAUUCUUUUCUGGUUUCAAGAAUUGAGGAGAUAGAAGGGCAUUUA